AUGAGGCUACAACCCAUCAUCAGUGCCUUUGGGCUGCUUGCUAGCGUAAAUGCAGGACUGUUACGCUUUGGAUGCGCACAGUUGACCGUUCAGCGACUCGACCCAUUGGUCAACCCAGGAGCUAAUCCGUCGCCACAUCUUCAUCAGAUCAUCGGAGGUAACUCAUUCAACGUGACGAUGGACCCUACCAAAGGUCACGAUCUAGCGGCGCAGUCAACUUGCACUACCUGCGAGUUUACCGAAGACCUAAGCAACUAUUGGACCGCAGUAGUGUACUUUAAAGCAAAAAACGGUACCUUCAAACGCGUCCCUCAACGAGCGCAACAAGGUAUGGAGGGUACAAAUGGCGGCAUGUGCUGGGAUGGUGUAAACCUCGAUUCACCAAACCACCGUGAGCACGUCUCAUACCCAGCAACCGGCACAUUCGAGAAUGGCGGCGCAUGUCCAUCAACGCACCCCAUUCGUAUUCCUCAAAUCUUGCUUGAGACUGUCUGGGACACGAAGCAGUUCAACAACAAGGCAGACUGGCCCACUGACGGCAGUCAGCCAUUUUUGUGGUCUAGUGGCGAUGCGACCGGGUUUUCGACCCAUGCGGACUACCUCUUCGGCUGGAAGGAUAACUCGCUACAGAAAGCCAUGGAUGGGAACAACUACGUGUCAGCUCCAACGCUUAAGAAGCAGAACAUUGCUACACAAAACAGGUGUAAUGUCAAGGACAUGGUCGGCGAGAAUUUUGAUGGCUGGCUCACAGCAUUGCCGGGUGGUAUGCAGGUGAAUUGA